AUGGAGGAGUCGGUCAGUUCUAGCACGUUUAACUUUUCCAUCGUAAAGGACUUUGGUGGACACGAGGACGGUUUGGAGACUUUGUGCAUCCUUCUCUCCAUCUUGUACUCGUUCAUGUGCGCGGUGGGUCUGGUGGGCAACGUGCUUGUGUUUUUCCUGAUGAGAUCGCGGCAUGGCAAGAGAUCAUCUACGGUGAACCUGUUCAUUUUGAAUUUAGCAGCUACCGAUUUUCAGUUCGUGCUGGCAGUGCCGUUCUGGGCUGUGGAAAUUGCGCGUGAUUUCAGCUGGCCGUUUGGACAUGUCAUGUGCAAGAUCGUGCAGUCGGUGACGGUGAUGAACAUGUACGCCAGUGUGUUUUUCCUUACAGCUAUGAGUAUAACACGUUACCGAGCAGUUGCGUCGGCUCUGAAGGAGCGCGGCCGGCGCAGGACUCUGUCUGGACGCUGUGUGAGCGCGUUGAUUUGGUUGCUCGCCACUAUCGCAACCACUCCGACCUUAAUCUACUCGGGGCAGAAAAAAAUCGCCAACGAAACUCUGUGCCUAAUCAGUUUUCCCAACGGCAACUUCGGGCACGGAGUGUACCAUCUGAUGAAAGUUUUGAUCGGCUUUGUUAUUCCUAUGCUGAUCGUCUGCGUGUGCUACGUGCUCCUGUUGCGCUUUUUGCGCCUCCGCAGCAUGAACAACAACCUACUCAAACGCAGCUCCAGGGUCACCCGCUCGGUCACUAUAGUAGUGCUGUCGUUUUUCGUCUGCUGGAUGCCCAACCAGCUCAUUACGUUCUGGGGCGUCUUGGUCAAGCUGGACGUCGUGCAGUUUGACAAAGCCUACUAUUUGGUCCAGACGUAUGUUUUCCCACUGGCGACUUGCCUUGCCUGGGCCAACAGCUGCUUGAAUCCAAUCUUGUACUGCAUCACCAGAAGGGAAUUUAGGAAAAUGCUUAAGGACCUUUUUUGGAGGGUUUCCUAUCCGUCCAUGGCCAACAGCUGUCAGAUCCGCCCAUUCUCCGGCAGUGUUAAAUCAGGGCGUGAGGACAGCCAGGCUGUGAUUCCCCUAAAUGUUGUAGAAAGUGAACAAUUCAGAUUAUCCAUGCUUCACACUUAA